AUGGUAGUCAACACGCCGUUGGGGCUAUAUCAGUAUCAACGUCUUCCGUAUGGAAUAGCCAGCGCGCCAGCAAUUUUUCAAAGGUAUCUCGAGCAACUUAUACAAGGCAUCGAAGGGUGUGGCAAUUAUCUUGAUGACAUCAUCAUCACAGCGCCAACAUUCGAUGAGCACAUGCAACGCGUCGAAAACAUUCUCCAAGUUCUUCAAAGCAACGGUAUUAAAUUCAAACAGCAAAAGUGUUUUUUUCUCCAGGAAAAGAUCGAGUAUCUGGGUCGACAAAUCAGCGCAGGUGGAAUUUUGCCAGACGAAUCCGGCCUGGUAGCGGUAAGAGAUCUUAAGCCACUAAAAAACAUCAAGCAGGUCGAAGCAUUCAUGGGUAAGGUUAACUAUUACCAUAAUUUUAUACCAAACUUCUCCCAGAUAUCUGCCCCUAUCAAUAUGCUACGCCGAAAAAACGUCCCAUUUACGUGGGGUCCAAAACAACAACAAGCGUUCACAUCACUUAAGGAGCAUAUUCUUAACGCCACGCAACUUGCGCACUACGACGAGCAAUUACCUCUAGUGCUUGCCACUGAUGCUUCAUCUUAUGGCAUUGGUGCAGUGCUUUCGCACACCUAUCCUGAUGGCAGUGAGCGGCCAAUCGCUUUUGCAUCAAAGACGCUUGACAAACAUCAAGUUCGAUACAGCCAAAUAGAAAAAGAAGGCUUAUCUAUCAUUUUUGGGGUUAAACGGUUUCACCAAUAUCUUUAUGGUAGACCAUUCACGUUAAUAACUGACCACAAACCGCUGGUUAGCAUAUUUAACCCAAGCAGCCAAUUACCAACAAUGACGUCACAUCGGUUGCAACGCUGGGCCAUAACGCUCAUGUCAUAUAAGUACGAUGUCAAAUAUCGCAAAACUACUGAAAAUGGAAAUGCAGACGCGCUAUCACGACUACCGCUAGGGCCUGAUGGAGAAUUCGACAAACAAGAAGCCUGUUUAAACGUUAAAACAAUUAAUACGCCGAUAGAUCCAGACGUUAUUUUAAAGCACGCCGGGAAAGAUGCCAUUCUACGCCGAGCUACAGCCUUUGUCAAAAAUGGGUGGCCAGAAAAGCUACCUCCUCAAGACUCUGAUCUUCGUUCAUUUUUCAAUAGGAAAAAUUCUUUGACAAUAAUUAACAAUCUUCUAUGUUUUCAAGCGGAACAUACCCGUGUAGUUAUUCCAGCAUCUUCGAAACAACAAGUUCUUCAAUUACUUCAUGAUGGUCACUGGGGUACAUCCAGGAUGAAACAAUUAGCCAGACAACACGUAUGGUGGGUGGACAUCGACAACGAUAUUGCCAAGCUCGCUGCAAAGUGCGACAUAUGCAAAGCUGUAAACCCUGCUCCAGCACGAGAAUACGAAGCUGAUACAAUUUCUGCGCUAGCUGCAAUUUUCGCUAUCGAAGGAAUUCCAAACACUCUCGUAAGUGACAACGGUCCACAGCUCACAUCAGAGGAGUUUAAGACUUUCUGCGCUCAUCUGGGUAUUAAGCACUUAACUAGCGCACCGUUCCAUCCGGCAUCUAACGGUCUUGCUGAAAGAUUUGUUAGGACGUUCAAAUCCGCCGUGAAGAAAAACGUUGACGACGGACUACAGCUAAGAGCAGCUGUAACAAAGUACCUAUCGACAUAUCGUUCCAUGCCUAACGCUGAGGGAAAAUCGCCUGCCGAAAUUCUACAUGGCAGACCGGUACGAACUUUGUUAAGCCAGAUUUUCGAAACAUCGACGGUAAAAACAAAAGAUGGAGCACGCAAAAGCAAGUUCUGCAUAAACGAACCGAUCUUCGCUCGAAACUACGCUAAAGGGGAAAAGUGGUUACAAGGCAUAAUUACAAGGCAACUCGGAAAAAUGCUCUACGUCGUGAAGACUUCCUACGGGUACUUGAAACGACAUGUAAACCAACUUAAAUCCAGCGUUAGCACCAACGUAAGUUCUCAAGAAGAAUCAGAUUUGGUAACUUGGGUUCCGAAAGCAGACGACUCUACAUCGACACCUGAAGAACCGAACGGGCAGCCUAUGGAAGAUAGCUCAUCACAAGGUGAUCUCCAACUUCGCAGAAGUGCACGUACUCGACAGAAUAUUAAUCGCUAUGAAGCGAAAGAUUUUCGUAAAUAA